UUCAAACGUGACCGCUAGCUGGAGCCGGGGCGAAUGCGGUGGAACGAGCGGAGAAAAUCUGCCUGUCUGUGCCGGGUGAUGUGAGAAGUCAUCCGAACUGAAGCUUCCCAGUUGUGCGCCUUGGCCUGUCACGGGAAUAUAUGUUUCAUCAUGUAUAUAAUGGUGAUGGACACGUUGCAUUAACGAGUGGCAUUUGGACCUGUGCGAACGCUUGUGGAGCCUCAUCCUGGUGAUCAGUCGUCUCUUCAGUUCCCAGCCUCCUGCGAGACUCUUCCUUCACCACCUCCGAGCCUCCAACAGAUCGUUCUCGUCACCAGGCACUUCCCCAUCAGACGCCCCGACAUCGCCUCAUCCCCACCUCCCUGAGAGGGAGCGAACAGCAGCCGCCAUGGUGCUGUCACAGAGACAACGAGAUGAACUAAAUCGUGCUAUAGCUGACUAUCUACGUUCCAAUGGAUACGAGGAAGCUUAUUCUACUUUCAAGAAAGAAGCAGAAUUAGAUAUAAAUGAAGAGGUAGAUAAGAAGUAUGCUGGGCUUUUGGAAAAGAAAUGGACCUCUGUUAUCAGACUACAGAAGAAGGUGAUGGAGUUGGAAUCGAAGCUGAAUGAGGUGAAGGAGGACAUGACGUACGGAGGACCUGUGGGUCAGAAGAGGGACCCUAAGGAGUGGAUCCCCCGCCCACCGGAGAGAUACGCCCUGAGUGGGCACCGUGCUCCAGUCACACGGGUCAUAUUCCACCCUGUGUUCAAUGUCAUGGUCACAGCCUCUGAGGAUGCUACCAUCAAGGUGUGGGACUAUGAGGCAGGGGACUUUGAGCGGACCCUCAAAGGCCACACAGACUCUGUACAGGACGUCUCGUUUGACCAUACAGGGAAGCUGCUGGCUUCAUGUUCGGCCGACAUGAGCAUCAAGCUUUGGGACUUUCAGGGGUUUGAAUGCAUCCGAACAAUGCACGGUCAUGAUCACAAUGUGUCAUCUGUAGCCAUCAUGCCAAACGGUGACCACAUAGUGUCUGCCUCCAGAGACAAGACCAUCAAGAUGUGGGAGGUGGCUACUGGGUACUGUGUAAAGACAUUUACAGGCCACAGGGAGUGGGUGAGGAUGGUUCGUCCAAACCAAGACGGUUCAUUGAUCGCUAGCUGCUCUAACGACCAGACGGUGCGCGUUUGGGUGGUCGCUUCGAAGGAGUGCAAAGCUGAGCUGCGGGAGCAUGAACAUGUGGUAGAGUGUAUUUCCUGGGCACCUGACAGCGCUCACCCCACCAUCCUGGAUGCCACAGGCGUAGAGAACAAAAAGAGUGGAAAGUCCGGUCCCUUCCUUCUGUCCGGUUCUAGAGAUAAAACGAUUAAGAUGUGGGACGUCAGCACGGGGAUCUGCCUCAUGACUCUGGUGGGACAUGACAACUGGGUGCGUGGGGUGCUGUUUCACCCUGGAGGACGGUUUGUAGUGAGCUGCGCUGAUGAUAAAACCCUGAGGAUCUGGGACUACAAGAACAAACGCUGCAUGAAGACUUUGUCUGCCCACGAACACUUUGUUACUUCUCUGGAUUUCCACAAGUCUGCUCCCUACGUGGUCACAGGCAGCGUUGAUCAGACAGUGAAAGUCUGGGAGUGUCGCUGAGACUGCCUCCACCUCUCAUCCUGCCCUGCUUCUACCAAUUCCAMGAAGAAAAAGAAAAAACGCCCCAUCCACAUGCUUCCCAGCAGCUUUCUCCUUCUGUCCUGAUGCCCCUCCCACAGCCCCGCCUCCUGCUCUCCAAACCAUAGUUGACCAAGACGUUCCUCCUUGUCCCCCUCUCCUCUCCUCUCUCCUCCCUACAUCUUUCCAGCCCUAUUAAGAUGACUAUUGUCCUUUUUGUGUAAAUUAUUCUGGAUGUAGGGUACGCUUAAUAAAUGUCACACAACCUCUGACACACAAACACUCGAAACGAUGAGAAGCAGCUUUGCAUGGUGAUUCCAACGACAAACACUCUUUAAGUCUGCGAAAUAAACAUACUGUCGUCAUAACUUCCCAUUGAGUCAAAGGGUAAAUAUUAUACAACAAACUGAUCGCACCCCUUCCUGAAGUGGGGGUUGGUUAGGCUGUUUAGUUAUGUUGUGCUUCAUGCCUCCAUUUUUUUUUUUUCUUGGGGGGGUGAAGUGCCCCAAAAAAAAUCUGUCCAGAAGAGGGUGAAGAAAAACCAGAAUUAAGCAGCUUCUUAGCUGAAUCACGAGGUUCUGUGGGUGAGUGCAUGUGUACAUGUGUGUGUACGUUGUGUGAGUGUGUGUGCCGACAGGAGAAUCUAUCCACUACCUCUCUGCUCUGAUGGUGAGAUGAGAGAGUGCUGGCAAAGCUUCUCGCCUACCGUGUCCUUUCAUAACUUCAUCUCUUUUAACAAGGUUGUGUUCUAGACUCUCACUGGAUCGUAGUGAUCUGUACGCUGCUGUGAGCACAGACACGAGCCCCUGAAGUCUGAUUUAUAGAGGGGAAUCGUUUCACCUUUUUAUGAGGUUUGUGUGUGUGUGUGUCGCUCUAGACAAACUCUUGCUCGCUAUCUUUGCCUUGUUAACCCAUCCAGGGCUCCUCAGACGGGAUUUUUAUUCAGCUUUCUGUGGUCUCACUGCUCUCUACACACACUCAAACACUCACGCACAGUAAAAGUUGUGUAUCAUAUAUAUCUGGAUGUCAUUGUUUGCAGCGUAAUGAAAUAAAAAAAAGUCUGUAAAUAUAA